AUGCACUUCGCAACAGCUUUUGCUCUAGUGAAUUUCUUUUCUUCAUCCCAAGCCCUCGGUUGUUUCAGCGACCGUAAAGCAAAUAUCGCAAUCGAUGCGGUACAGGUUCUGAUUAAUAAUGUCGGGUCCAAUAACUUUGACCCGCCCUUUGACUUUCCGAUCGAGGUAAAAGCUCAACAUCUUAUUGGAGGCGAGACACAGGGUGUCAAGUUUUGCAUUGAAAAUAAUUUCCUUUUCGACAAUACGCAUGUCGCGCAGGGAGAUAUCAUAUCUGCCCUAGAGGCCAUUCGUGAUGACUGCGACAGGUUUGGGGGAAAGCGCCAGGCCCACGGGGAUACAGGUCUUCCUGUCGAUAUUACCCUCACCACUUCCUCCGGAUCGCCGUGUCCAUAA